AUGUAUCAUCAAAUUGCUUCGAUCUUCCUAGCAGGAGUUGCAUUGGUUUUGGGCAUCAAUGCAGCGCAAACCGAUCCAACAACGAACUGUGUACAAUUUGGCGGAUCGUGUGACCAGCAUCGUCGUUGCUGUGGUGAAAACCUCAAGUGUGAGCUGUCGAUACCAGUAUAUACUUUCGGUAUAUACGAGUGCACAGAAAAAGCAAAACUGGGCGACUCGUGCCAAGAAACAUUUCACUGCAUUGACAUUCUGCACUCUGUAUGUUCGACAAAUCGGUGCGAGUGUCGACAAAACAACGUCAGAGUUAGCGACUACGCCUGCGCCCCAAUCUUGAAUGGCUAUUGUUGGAAAAACGAGACCUGCGCGACGGAGAAUUCACUGUGCACUGAUAAUGAGUGUCAAUGCAGAGACGGAUUUGUAGCGGAGGCCAACGAGUGUCUGCCAGUUGUAAUUGGAUCGAAAUGCAGUGUCGAUGUAGAUUGUGAAAGUGCCCAAUUCGCAGAGUGUUCCUCAAACAAUGUUUGUGUCUGUUCAGAAAACGCGAUUGAAAUCAAUGGAAGGUUGUGCUCGAUACGUUUGGGAGCAACUUGUCAAACUAACGACAAUUGUACUGCCGUAAAUUCUUGGUGCGAUGACAAUAAGUGUAAAUGCAUAGCUCAACAUUUUGCCUACUCUGAGAUCGAAUGUAGACUCGCCUUCAUAGGAAUGCCUUGCAAUAAAUCAUGGGACUGCUAUCCUCAUUUUAGCAACUCACACUGCAUCAACAAAACCUGUCAAUGCUACAGAAAUUACAUGCUAAAGAACGUAAAUGAGUGCUCACCAGUGACAAGCUCGUAUUGUUCAACAACCGAUAAGUGCUUGGACGCUGAAUCUGUCUGCAUUGCCAGUUGGUGUCAAUGCAAGCCUAACUACGUAAUGCGAGAGUUUAAAUGUCUGCCACAACAAUUGACGGGACGAUGCAGUAAAAAUUCAGACUGCUCCGAAGUGACUUUUGCGGUAUGUUCAAAUAAAGAAUGCGCUUGUCCAAACGGAUUUUUUAAUGUCAAUGCAACAGCCUGCGCAAAAGCUCUUGGUGAAAGCUGCAAUGUCAAUAAGGAUUGUACCGUUAGAUUCUCUAAUUGUCUUGACAAAAAGUGUCAAUGCAAUCGAGACUACGUACAGUAUUCCGAGAGUCAAUGUCGUGCAAGUUAG